CCGGCGUAGUCGCGGGUCUUCCGGUCUUUCGCUCUUUCGGCUUUCGGCGCGGAGGAGGCCGCGGUGCAACUUUCUUCGGUCGUCCCGAAUCCGGGUUCAUCCGACACCAGUCGCCUCCAUCAUGCCGCCAAAGUUCGACCCCAACGAGGUCAAAGUCGUAUACCUGAGGUGCACCGGUGGGGAAGUGGGUGCCACGUCUGCCCUGGCCCCCAAGAUCGGCCCCCUGGGUCUGUCUCCAAAAAAGGUUGGCGAUGACAUCGCUAAAGCAACCGGUGAUUGGAAGGGUCUGAGGAUCACAGUGAAAUUGACCAUUCAGAACCGACAGGCCCAGAUUGAGGUGGUACCUUCUGCCUCUGCCCUGAUCAUCAAAGCCCUCAAAGAACCACCAAGAGACAGAAAGAAGCAAAAAAACAUUAAGCACAGUGGGAAUAUCACUUUUGAUGAGAUCGUCAACAUUGCCCGACAGAUGCGGCACCGAUCUUUAGCUAGAGAACUCUCUGGAACCAUUAAAGAGAUCUUGGGGACGGCCCAGUCUGUGGGCUGCAAUGUUGAUGGCCGCCACCCUCAUGACAUCAUAGAUGACAUCAACAGUGGUGCCGUGGAAUGCCCAGCCAGUUAAGAACUACAAAGGAACAUAUUUCAAUUAAAGAUCAUUUGGCAACCAGUGGAUUUUUUGUUGUAGCCUCCUCCCUUGUGGUCAGAUGAUUGGGGUCCAGGUGGCAGAACCUGUGAAGUGGACAUCUGGGCAAUAAGCUCCUGUGGGUGACAGAUUUCUGCCCUGUAUUGGACUAGCGCAGGAAAGACAUCUGGAAAGGAGGUCUCAGUGCUUUUUGUAGACAUUCAUGGAGCUCUUCAUAAGAAAUAAUUCUUGGCCAGAAGGAGAACUUGUACAGCAUAAACUCACAUCAGACUAAAUUAAUCGUUAGUGGGUGGCCCGGGGCCUGUAAUUAAAGGCUUUGAUAUUACAGUGUACAGCUGGGGUUCAGAAUCAAGUUCAUGUGAAAGUGAGGGUAACGCUGACUGCUGAAGUAGCUGCAGGUCCUAGCCUUACCCUUCUCUGAAGCUGUUUAAACCAGUAACACUGUC